CCGGGAUCUGUAUCUGACAAGGUUCGCCAAGGAUCCGUGGAAUAAGCAGACAUGGAGUGAGUAUCGGCAGAUUAUACUGGAGCCAGGAUCAAGCAAAAAGAACCUGCUGAGAUUGUUGGAAAACUCUCUCGGGCGUGCGUCAAACCCAGACGCCUUAGUUCAGGAGUGGCUGUGAAGUAUAUAUUGGAAUGUCUUUCAUAUUCUCUCUGUUUUCUCUCUGUAAGCCAGUGGUAGAUGGUGGGUGCUUUCAAGUUAGUAUAGAUAGUGUGCGGAACCUUGGUAGAGGCAAUAUGCUAAUCCGGGAGCUGCACUAGAAGUGAAUACGCUUGAUUUAGCAACGACAGACAAUUCAUCAAAACUCGGAGAAUGAAAUACUCAUAAUGCCUUGAUAUGUUAUGAGACUAUCCAAUUGAUCAAGUGAAUUCAGUGUAAACAACAGUUGACAGACGCGGGGAUUGCAAAGGCCGUCAGCUUGCCGGCACGUGAUCGCCCGUGAAAUGGAACGCGUCUGAGGGGGAAAAGACAAGGAGGGAAAAAAAAGCACUUGGAGAACGCCACAGGCGCUCGCUGGACAAUUCCACAGGCCUUCAUCAGCGGAAGCCACCAUCCGCGAUGUCUCAGGUUGAUGUAGAAUUGGGCGAGCUGCUGGCCGAGGGGCUGCCGGCCCCCGUCCAGCUCACCAUUCGCCAUGUCUCCUCGACUCCCUCCCCUUCAACCGCGCUCUUUGCCGCACCUCCCGGGGAGACACCGGAACCUACCUUUUGCGAAAACCACUUUCUGUCGGCCUCGGUCAAUUUAGAGGAGAAAGAUGGCGCGGAGGUGAUUGUCUUUGGCAUGGAGGUGCUGGUGUACAGCACUGCGCACCUGACCACCAUCUUCGUUUCCAAGGCCGACUCCACCGGCUACCUUCAUCUCCUGCCCAAUGCGCCCAAGGUUUCCAUUUUGCGGCGCAUCUCUCAGACCUUUCUCUCCUUUUUGGUCAAAGCCCAUCAAAGACCGGGUGUCAGAUUGCUAGUCUCCCUUUUUGCCCGGGCGCAGAACCAAUACCUGUUUCCCGGUAGCAUUGACAAUCCUCAGAAGCAUGUCCUAGAUGACCGCGGCCUGAUCAAAUGGUGGUGCCGCGUCGUCGACCCCAUCUUGCGCGAGUAUGAGCCAGAGUCCGGUUCGCAUGAUAAAGGGGCCCAGGACCAUCAGACAGAGUCGGCCAAAAGCUCAGCAACCGCUUUCCUGAUCGUCCCGGGAUGUGAUCGGUUCGAAACCAGGGGCUUCUUUCCUCCUUUGGCCAGAUUGGACGACAAAGACCGUCCAAGAUGGCUCACCAGCUAUCCUGUGCACCAAUUGUGUGACAAUCCCAAGGCGCCCCCGCGUUGCUUGGUCCCCCGGUUUCCGGAUGACCCCAAAACUCGCUUCUUGGUGGACUUGGAUGAUGAGCUUCCGAAGCAGGAAGCGGACGGGACAUCCCCAGAGAAUGCGGGUCAAUGGCGGAGUGUCAGAUCUCUGGACCAAUUCUGGGAGAUGAUGUCGUUCCGACAAGAAUGCUCAGCUGGAAGACUCGUUGGGUUCUUGUGGCUUGUUAUCAAUCCUCCUGGACUUGUGAACUCGGUACAAAUGACUAGUUCUCGGUCUGUCCUUGGCGACUCCAAGAGCCUGACGGACCAUGUGUCCCAGGUGAUGUCUGGCGAAAGUGUGACAAAUACAAAGCCGGCUAGUGAUGCUGAAUCCGCUCCAGAACAUCCUACGACAACAGACCAUGACAAGCAACUGUCAUCAGAACCUACGGGUGAAUCUACUUCUACUUCAGCACCUCAGCCAGCUGCUAUACCAUCUGAGGCCAUAACUCAGCCCCCGCAACCCGCGGAUGCUGAUGCCUUUUACUGGCCCGAGGCAGGACGAGGACAUGCUGUUCUGAGCGAAGCAGACUACAAAACGGCGAUCAACUUCCUGCUUGAACAGGAUUUUGACAGUGAAGAGGCCUCAAUUGCCAGCACAAAGGCAUGGGGCGAAAAGGUAGCCUCCCUCGCAGAUCAACUCUGGGUUGGACAGCUGGUGGUGGGACGAAACACGAAGGAUGAAUCCUCCCAAAAGCCUGUGGAGGCUAGUACGCUCAUGACCACCGGACUUGUUCGCAAGCGCAAGAAGGCCGAUGCAGAAGUUGAGCAGAACAGCAAGACAGGGGAGGAGGGUGGUAAUGCUGGAGCAUCAACGGCGGCUCCUCCGGCAUCUUCUGGGUCGGACCCAUCGCCGGCUGUCAACGUUCUCCACGCCAACUUGAUCCGGAAGAAGAAAAAAACGUAACAGACCAUACUCAUGUGUCGGUUUGGCUGGUUUUGUAAUUUUAUUCUUUGGGGGUCACCGACGAGCUGAUGGUUAUUGCAUAUGCGGAGUCGGAAUUGGGUGG